CUCAACUAAGCACUGAUCGCAAUCGUCCACUUGGCCCUUGAGGAAUCCCAGGCAGCCCGCUCUUCUAGGAACCACCUCGCUGACUCCACAACUAUUUAGCAGACCACACGAACCGACCUAGGUAGUACGACCUACUUUGUCAAAUCUGCCUGUUGACCUCGACGAGCAGCCCACAAUGAGGGUUCCAACCAGCAAGAACAUGCAGCUCGUCUGCCUGUGUCUUGCCCUCAUGGUCUCCACCGCAUCCUGUCUUGAUCCCUCUCUUGGCACCUUCACCUUGGACACCAUUCCCAACCGUAACUUCAAGGGCCGCAAUGGCACUGCUGCCUACAUGAAGGCUUUGGCCAAGUAUGCCCAUCUGGCAGACAGCAACAGUGCCAACAAGGCUACCGACCCUUCUGAAUCCUUCGGCGGGAUUGUGGGCUUCAACGAGGAGAACGAUCGCGAGUGGCUGUGCCCCGUCCAGAUUGGCACUCCUGGUCAGACAGUCAACUUGGACCUUGAUACUGGUUCUGCGGACCUCUGGGUCUUUACCCCGGAGUCAUCCCGCUUUCCUGGUGACCUUGGAAACCGGAGCCUCUUCAACAUCAACCAUUCGUCUACUGCUCGUCGCCAAGAAGGUGCUGCUUGGACCAUAACUUAUGGUGACGGCUCUUUUGCUGGAGGCAGUGUCAUCACCGAUCUUGUCCAGCUUGGUGACCUCAAGGUCAAGAACGCCACCGUUGAGAUUGCAACACACUUUAGUGACGAGCUCAUUGAUGAUGACCAAUACCUUUCGGGCCUUGUUGGCCUGGCCCUGAACCUGUCAACCACCAUCACUUCCCCUGGCCACUCUGGAAAGGGUGGUGUCCCUGGUAUAAUCAAGAGGCUCAAAACACAGGGUAUCGAUUCCAUUGGCUGCGACCUGCAAUUUCACAACAAGGGUGUCUUCACCUUUGGCAAGGCCAACACUUCGGCCUAUAUUGGUGAGAUGCACUAUCAGCCAGUGGUGAAGAGCAGGGGCUACUGGGAGGUCCGAAUGUCCACCAUUCGGUUCGGUGGCAGGAACAAGACUAGGGUACACGCAUGGCCAACCAUUGUCGACACGGGCACCUCCCUCAUGCUGAUGGGAUCCGACAAAAUUGUGGAUGACUACUGGAAGCUCGUCCCCGGUGCAAAGUUCUCCUUUGCCGAGUACGGAUAUGUGCACCCCUGUAAUGCGACACUGCCGGACUUCCACUUCGGCUUCACUGAGGCCUGGGCCGAGUUCACGGUGCCGGGGCGAUACCUAAAUUAUGCAUCGACCGUGGGGAGGUCAGAGGGCCCCGGAUGGUGCUACGGUGGCCUUCAGUCCUCCAGCAUGGACCUUACCAUCAUGGGUGACCUUUUCCUCAAGGCCCUGUAUGUCGACUUCAACAUUGCCAAGGAGGCCGUGGGAUUCGCCCAAAAGAACCUCCUUUCCUAAUCCCCAAUCACAUCGUGCAUGCCUUCUCAAAGAGCGCAUCCAGCACUGAACGCUGAUCUCAAGGACGAAAU